GCAGAGUGAGCAGAGAGGAGAGGCAGGCAGGAUCCAAUUUGGGUUCAGGGGGAGAGACAGAGGAGGAGACAGCGAGUCAGAGAGCGAGGAAGAGGCAGAGAAAGCAGGAGCCCGAGGUGGAAGACGCUCAGGGGAAGUCAUGGCUCUGCGACGUUUGGCAACUUGUCUCCUGUCUGGAUUAGACUUGAAGAAACCCACUGGUCUGUAGCAGCAGCAGCAGCAGCAGCAGCAGCAUCACCACUCCUGUCCGUCACCAUGCCGUCUGUGUCCCUCAGCCUGCCCUCCGCUCUGGCUGGACCUGCACGCACCUGGGUCUGCCUGUCCUGCAUGUUCUGGCCAGAGGAGUUGGAGGCUCUUCAUUCCCACACGUUCCGGGUGAAGACGUUCAAGAAGGCCAAGCACUGCAGCGUCUGUAAACAGAGCAUCGUCCAGGACGGACUCGUCUGCCGAGUGUGCCGAAUUGCUUGCCACAAGAAAUGUGAAGUCAAGGUGUCUUCCUCUUGUGUUCCAGCAACAAACUAUGAGCUGGCGCCGAGCAGUGACCUCCCUCUCAAACAUGUAGACACCAUGGGCUCAACAAAAUCCACAAAGAGCAUGGAGUCACGGCGCCGACCAUCAAGGAGCGCCAGUCUGCUGCAGGCCCUGGAGGAGAGCUACGAGCUGGACCUGAUCUACAUCACCGAGAGGAUCAUCUCCGUCUCCUUCCCCAGCAGCGUGGACGAGCAGAGCUACACCGCCAACCUGCAGGAGGUGGCCUCCAUGCUGCGCUCCAAACACGGCCACAACUACCUGCUCUUCAACCUCAGUGAGAAGCGUUAUGACAUCAGCCAACUUAAUCCAAAGGUGUUGGACUUUGGCUGGCCGGACCACCACGCUCCCGCCCUGGACAAAAUCUGCAGCAUCUGCAAGGCCAUGGACACUUGGCUGACCGCGGACAGCCACAACGUGGUGGUCAUACACAACAAGGGCAACCGGGGCCGAACUGGAGUGGUGGUGGCCGCCUACAUGCAUUACAGCAACAUAUCUGCAAGCGCCGACCAGGCUCUGGACCGGUUCGCCAUGAAGCGCUUUUACGAGGACAAAGUGCUUCCUGUGGGUCAGCCAUCGCAGAAAAGGUAUGUGGAGUACUUCAGCGGCCUGCUCUCCGGACACAUCAAGAUCAACAACAAACCCUUGUUUCUUCACCACGUCAUCCUGCACGGGAUCCCCAACUUCGAGUCCAAAGGAGGUUGUCGUCCAUUUCUCAAAAUCUACCAGGCCAUGCAGCCCGUCUACACAUCUGGGAUCUAUAAUGUUCAGGGCGACAGCCAGACAAGCAUCUGCAUCACUAUCGAACCUGGUCUUCUUCUGAAAGGGGACAUCCUGCUCAAGUGCUACCACAAGCGCUACCGCAGCCCGUGCCGAGACGUGAUCUUCCGGGUGCAGUUUCACACGUGUGCUGUUCACGACCUGGGGAUCGUCUUUGGGAAAGAUGAGCUCGACGAGACGUUCAAAGAUGACAGGUUUCCAGAGUAUGGAAAAGUGGAGUUUAUUUUCUCCUUCGGGCCAGAGAAGAUACAUGGUCAAGGUAUGGAUCACCUGGAAAACGGGCCGAGCGUGUCGGUGGACUACAACACACAGGAUGCCCUGAUUCGCUGGGACUCGUAUGAAAACUUCAACCAGAGCUGCGAGGACACCGCAGACGAAGUCAUCCAUACCCAAGGGCCCCUGGACGGCAGCCUCUACGCCAAAGUCCGCAAAAAGGAGGCUGUUGAAGGAACAGUCACAGCGAAUGGCCUUCCUCCCACUGCUGCUGAACAUGCCCUACCCGUGGUGGACCACGCCUUAUCAGUGAGCAGUGACUCAGGAAACUCUACCGCCUCCAUCAAAACUGACAGAACUGAUGAUGCGGCAGCAGCCCCUCAUGUAUCCACAGUGAGCCAGACACACGUCCCUGUGGUUGAGGAGUCAUCCUCGGUCCAUCGCCUCACGCCACCUGCCCAACAACCAAUCAGUCCCCAAGAGAAACAGGAGCUGGAGCAGCUUCUGAGUGGACUGGAGGGGCCCAUGCACCGACAGGGCUACCUGUCCCCCCCGACAUCUGCUGUUGGAGGGAUGCUUCACCUGGUGCCUGCCCAGGUCCACGUUAAUGGGCACAAUAGCGUUGACCGUGAAACAGACAUUUUAGAUGAUGAGCUUCCUACCAGUCAAGAGGGCAACAGUGUGGACAGUCUAGGGACAUUCUCCUCCACAGACGGGAGGGCCACACCAGCCGAUCUCUACUACCAGUCAGAGUCACUGAUCAAUGGUCAGGACCAUGUGCCAUAUCUGGAGCGCAGUGCUCCAGAAAAGCCUCUGGAGACCGUCCAGCCACAGGUUGGCAGAUCCGACAAACCUGUCACUUUAAGCCAAAGUGAUUCAGCCCCAUUAUCGGUUACAUACAUGGCCACCCAGAAUGGCAGUGUGUACCGCUCUCAGUCAUUUGGUGAAGAACCAAAGUCUAUGCCACCAGCUCCUGCUCGCACUACAAGUAGCAGGGAUGCCGUCCAGCGUGGUAUUAAUGUUUGGCAGCGGUUCGGUGUACCGGAGGAGCCAGUAACUGAAGGAUUUACUUUUAGUCCACCUCCCUCUGUAGCAGUGAUGCCCAGUCACCACAGCCUCCCACAGUUCCCUCAUCGCCAGAGCGCCUCCCAGCAAGAGAUUGAGCAAUCUAUCGAAACCCUUAAUCUCCUCAUGUUGGACCUGGAUCCAGCUGGUUCACCGGUGCCAAAGUCCCAAAGUGCUCCACUGUGGGAAAACAGUGUUGUAGUGACCACACAGCCGUCCUUCUCCCAGAGCCAAACCAGACCCUCCUACCAGGGUGAGUCUGCGAUUCACUUUUCAGGUCCCGUGUCACCAGCUCAGAUGUCAGCUGGAAAACCUACGACACCAGAGCCUCCACCUGUCCAUGGAUCACUGAGUUACAUCUCUGAAACCACUGGAGCAAGUCCUCCCUCACAAGCCUCCCCUACUGUAGCGGGCCACUUCCAGCUGAAGCCCAUCAACACCUAUCCACCGAGCACACUGUCCCAUUCUGCAGAGGUGUCUGAGCCCCAGAGAAGCGCUGCAUCAGCAUCACCUCAGCCAAUAGAGAGUGAGGCCAAUGAAGACUUCAACGUGGAAGGUCUGGUGGCUCAAAGAGUGGCUGAAUACUCGGCUCGUGUCCAACGUGUCAUCCCCAGCAUGACCUCUUCUCAGUCUGAGCACCGCCGUUCUCACUCCCACCUGGGUGUCCAGGCCCGUGUGCUGUCCCUGGACGAGACCGCGACUCUGCCUCGCCAUCGCCUCGCCAGCGACGGCCACUAUCAGAACGGUCCGGACGACGACCCCUCCCCUGAUGUCCCAGUUCGUUCCCCUGUGCGAUGUGUUUCUCCAGAGUUUGUCAAUGCGUUAGCGAUGAACCCCGGAGGGCGGCCGAAGGAGAGAAAUAUGCACAGCUACCGGGAGGCCUUCGAGGAAAUGGAUGGAGGCCCCAUUAGUCCUUCACUCACAAUUGGUGGUGAGGUGUUUCCCCAAACCCCUGACUUCCCCAUCUCGCCGCAAACCCCUUACUUCAACCUGUGUCGGUCCCCUCCUGGUCUUGCCAAGACUCCACUGUCAGCCCUGGGGUUGAAGCCCCACAACCCAGCAGAAAUCCUCCUGCAUCAAACUGGCUCAGCACCAAGAAGCUACGUGGAGUCUGUGGCGAGGUCGGCAGCGGGAGGUGGAGAGGCGCCCACGUCACCUCUGAGCCUCAGCCCACUGGGAGAGACCACAAACCAGCAGAGGAGUCUGAGUCCCUCCGCCCACACACUGAACCCUCCUCUGUCCAGCAGCAGUCCCAUCCAGAGCUCUCAAGAUGACCAUCCUUUAGCAGAGAGCAGUGUUAGCACUCCGUCCCAACCCACUACUGAUUCAGGCUUCCGCUCCCAGGCUACAGACAGCGCCUACCCCACUCCUACCCCCUCCUAUCAAGCAGUGAACACUCCCACCUCUUCCUACUUGGACUCCAGCUCUCCAGCCUCCUUCUACCAUGGCACUACCACCCCUACACUGUCUUACCUUGGCCCAAACACUCUCCUGGGGAUCUAUGGGGCCUCGGACUCAAGCUCGCACACCUCAGAACCCCCCCAGAACACACUCAGCCAUGGAGGUCCCCAUGCACUGCAACGGACCAUCUUUGGCUCCACUCACAGCUCCGUCCUGCAGCAGCACUCGAGUGCUAACCAGGACGGUUCAAUCAUGUGUCAGCAAACAUCAACAGCUAAUGGUUAUGAUGUGGGCGUGCCGGGUCACAUGCCAGGUGGCAGUCCCAUGCUGGGUCGGCGUCUUUCACCGGGGGCUCAGAAUAGCCCCGUCCUCAGCAGACAGGUCUCGUUGGGUCAGGGGUCUCAGCGGAGCCCGGUCCUCAGUCGACAGCCAUCCCUGGGUCAGCCCAUGCAGAGCAGCCCCGUACUCAGCAGACAGCCCCAAGGAAGUCCGGUUUUGGGCCGUCACCCGUCUGUGUCGCAGGUGUCCCAGAGAAGCCCCAGUUUGGACCGUCACCCCAUGCACAGCGGCUACACCACCCCAGACGAGAGGCACGGGAACCUGUCGAGGCAGAGCAGCUCCUCAGGCUACCAGGGACCACCCACUCCCUCCUUCCCCAUCUCGCCUGCAGGCUUCCAGGAUGGGGGGGUGAUGGGGAUGGGUGUAGGGUUCAGGCAGGGUAGCCCAGCCCCUGGCUUCCAGCCCCAGCUUCCAGAAAAGAGGCGCAUGUCCAGUGGUGACCGACCGAAUGGAGCCUAUGGCACACUGAACGGGAAGAUAAUGCCUCCAGUGGCUGGAGGAAGCACUCUGGGAUACUUCCACACCCUGUCGGACUUCUCCAGGUUCAAUAUUCCCGAUGGAAGUCCUGAGAGCAAACUGAAUGUCAAGUUUGUCCAGGACACGUCCAAGUACUGGUACAAGCCAGACAUUUCCAGGGAGCAAGCUAUUGGCCUGCUGAGAGAGAGGGAACCUGGAGCCUUCGUAAUUCGGGACAGUCACUCGUUCCGGGGGGCCUACGGCUUGGCAAUGAAGGUGGCCUCUCCGCCGCCCUCCGUGCAUCAGAACAAGAAAGGGGACGUCAGCAACGAGCUGGUGAGGCACUUCCUGAUCGAGAGCAGCCCGAAAGGAGUGAAGCUGAAGGGGUGUCCCAACGAGCCUUACUUCGGUUGUCUGUCGGCGCUGGUCUACCAACAUGCCAUCACGCCACUGGCCCUGCCCUGCAAGCUACUCAUCCCCUCCACAGAUCUCCUGGAGGAAGCACCGGCGGUCGCGACCACAAACCCGCUGGUCGAGCGGCUGAAACAAGGAGCAGUGCAGAGGGCCCCUGCUGACUCCCAUGCAUGCAACGUGCUCUACAUCAACUCAGUGGAGAUGGAGUCCCUGACGGGGCCUCAGGCUGUUGCCAAGGCCAUAUCUGAGACGCUGGCUGCCGCUUCUCCGCCCGCCGCCACCGUGGUGCACUUCAAGGUGUCGUCUCAAGGCAUCACGCUGACGGACAACCAGAGGAAGCUUUUCUUCCGACGCCACUACCCGAACAACACUGUCACGUUCUGCGAUAUUGACCCUCAGGACAGGAAGUGGAAGAAGCCUGAGGGAGGAACAUCCAAGCUGUUUGGCUUUGUGGCGCGCAAGCAGGGAAGCACAACCGACAACGUCAGCCACCUCUUCGCUGAGAUGGACCCCGACCAGCCCGCCAGCGCCAUCGUCAACUUUGUCCUGAAGAUGAUCGCCGCGCAGAAACAAUGAGCGCCAUCAGCAAACCCAUGUUUUUUUUUUAUGCCUUCGGUUAUUUUCUUUCCUUUUAACCACAGACACUUACUUUUCUGAUUUGGAGAAAAUUAGCCUUUGGUUUGACGCGCCACCUUAUUUUUCCUGCUCUGUAAGGCAAAUGUGUGUGUGUGUCUGUGUGUGUGUGUGUGAGUGAAUGAAAGGGGGCAUGACAGAGAGUGUGUGUGUGGUGUGUUUGCGUGCAUGUGGCUUGCGUGCAUGUGCUUUUCUUCUCGGACGGACUCCAGAAUGAACCAGAGGAAGUGCAGGAUGGGGAGUGGCUGUGUGCGACAAUGGGACGGGGGGGGUGUGAUUUCAUUCUCCCUGGCAGGGUAACUCACGAACAGGAAGAGGGAAUGACAUGAUGUGUGCAACUGUUAUUAUUUUUUAGCAAUUGUUUCAUUUUAAUUUUUUUAAAAGAAGAAGAAGAAGAAGAAGUCAAGUUGAGUGAUGUAAAGGAGGAUUGUUUAUCUAUCAGGCUUUUGACUGGUCAACCAAAGAUUUUUUUUUUAAAAAAGCAGUCAGGGCAGGUAUAGCGUGCCGUCGUCGGAGGGGCAGAAGUAUUCUUUUUGUAAAACAAAUAUGGCUGCUUAAUCAAAACUUACUGAACUGUUUUUUUUUUUUUUGUUCCUGUAUGUACUGAUACUGUAGCUCCGUUCGGCGCCGGGCGGCAAACCAUGUCCUCGUUUGGACAUUUCUUUGCGGCUGGUGAGGUUGUGUGUAAAUAUUCUCGGCUGCUUUCUGAGUGGGACUGUUCUAGACGACGUUUGGUGCCUGACUUGUUUUUCUAAUGCGGAGCUUUUUAAGAAAAAGAAGAGCAUAAAACUCAUGUGGGCUGACUUCAAUAUGCAAAUAGCCAGACUUUUGAAAAAAAACAAACAAACAAACAAAAGGUUAGUCAAGACGAGCUUCCUGUCGGCCUCCAUCCUCUGUUCUGCACGUAGCAACUCGAUUCUGCUCACAGCUCGACCUCGAGUUGUUUUGCGAGGGGCCGAUCUUCUGAGAAAAGUUUGAUCGUGCUAUCCCGCUCUUCAGUUUCCUGCCUCGAAAAAGUUUCCGUCAAUCGAGAGAAGCUCCUUUUGCGUCGGGCCGGCCAAAACUGUUAACACUCACACCCUACCCAAAAGUAAGCUAUACUUAUAAAUAUACAUAUAUAGAUAUAUAUAUAUAUAUAUAUAAAAAAAACUUUCAAAACAGUGACUUAAGAUAUUUAUUUUUUUGCUUUGUUGCUCUUGUUAUCGUGUAUACAUGUAUUAUAUAAGUAUACAUCAAGAUUACUGAAAAGCGAGAAGAGAAAAGUUGCUUUUUUUAUUUUGGCUAAAGUCAAGAGCGUUGACGUAUAUAUAAGGUGUAAAGUGUGUGCUUUUAAAAAAAGUGUAUCACUGUUGUUUUUUGAAUGUUUUUGUUUUUUUUCCACAGCAUUACUUCCUUUUGUUAACAUUCUCGUUUUCUCGGGGAGGCGUUUUGUUGUUGUUGUUGUUGUUGAUUUUCUUUUUUGUAAGAGGGGAAAUAUUUUGUAUGAAAGAUUGUUGUUACUGAAGUCCAAAUUGGAGUUUUCCUAAAGUGAUGCAAGCAACGUUUGUUUUAUUAACUUAAACCUGCCUGGAAAAAUACAUUGUCCAAGUUUAGCACUUAAAAUGUUAAAGUAUUAUCGGUGUGUUUCUACAGCAAAUAAGACGAGAUGUGGACUUUGAACACGCCCCCGGUUCACGUCAUCGAUGCAGAAGGAAGAAGAGUUUGAUCCUCAGACUCUUCUUUUUUUUAUUAUUUUUUAAAAGGGAGUCAGUUCAGUCAUUAGCUGCUGCCCUCAUGUGGUGAAGAGCGAUCAUUACAAAAGGAACCCACUUUUAUUCUAAGACAGUGUUUUAGCUGUUAUCACGGCAGGUUGGAUUGUUUGGGGGUAAAUUUGAUCACUGAGAAAAAUGAACUAAAACAUGAAUUUGAAUUGUGAUUCCCGAUGCGUUCUUUGUAAAUUGUCUUUGCCCAUUCGAGCCCCGUUGGAGAACUGAGUGUGCAGAGGUCACGUCUCUUUUCCUUUUUGCCUGACUGCAGCAUGAUGUAAAAAUAGUGAGAUGAAGUUUAGUAUUGGGGGCGUCAUUAACUCAAAUGUACUUCUACACAACUAAAAUAAAAAAAUACAGCACUUACAGGGCUUUUUAAAAAAAAUAUCUGACAAGAAUCUUCCAUUAUUUAUUAGAAAGAAUCUGCACGCUCACGUCAGCCAGUAACCUGCUGACUGGAACCAGUACCCAGUGUCCUCACGUCCUUUCAGAUCCAUGCCCACAUGUAGUUAUCAUCAGGUUUUCGGUUCCCCCGUGACGACCGUGUCUUGACAGAAGAAUCUAUAUUCUAUAUUUUUGCCUACGAAACGCUCGUUGAGAGAAGAGGGGAACUUCCUCCUCCUCCUCCUCCUCUUCAAACUGAAUGUUGGAAACUCCAGUGGCGUCUGCCCACUUCGACAGAUCAGUGCGGACUGUUGGAAUGUGUGUGAAUGAGCUACUGUGCCUGUAUAGAGCUUUGUUACUUUUGGUUUGCUACAGUGUAUGGCUUUUACUAUUUCUGAUGGAAAAAAAAAACACAUUAAAAAGCAGUACAAAUCAAAAAA